GCCGAUUGGUAAUUCGUUUCGUCCCCGUCUACGGUAAGGAUAGUGGUGGAUUUCGUGUCAGAAUGGUUUCUCGUGUUUGAGUGUGGUGUUCGAUACGCCUCUCUCAUCAUCAUCGUCGCCAUUUCAAUUCCUGCGCUAGUCCACAACCAGUUCACGAAGAAGCCCUCUUCCGUAGCUCGUUCUUCGGCCUUCGUUUUAUCGCCUCGCUGAUCUUCUCAUCUUUAUCUUUUGCUCACUGCAAUCUUGUUCUUUCGCUCACUCGGCCACUUUUGCACGAGCAGUGGCCGUAGCCGGCGAAAAAGCAGACGAAUAAAGAUAGGGUUCUUCAGAUUCCCGUGUUUCGUCUUUUCUUUUUCAUUUUGUGGAAGGAAGACCGGAUUUCUUUUUCCUGCUGUAGGCGUCGCCCGGAUUGAAGGCGGCGUCUAAGGUUCUAGUGAAUAAGAUGGAAUUGCAUCGGGGGUGAAGACAGAUGAAAAGAGGGAUCUGCUCGAAUUCUCUAGCUAGAUUUCAGAUUUUAUUGUUGAAUAAACUCUAGCUUUUUCUCUAAGAAUAUGAUCACUUGCGAGUCUGCAUCGUAUUCAUCUAUGGAUAUGUUCGGAUGAUGAAGGUUCGGGUGGGUCUCUUUUGGAAGGUCUAUAAUUAGCAACAGGCUUUUGCGAUUUCCAUGGGCAGCGAAGGCUUGUUUAAGCGAGGCUGGAAACUGUUCCAAUCAAAGAAGCAACCCUUUUCGAGAAUCCGAGUUGCUGCUGGCUCCACCAGAGAGAGGCUGUUGUUUCUAUUUGAGCGUCACUGGCCGCUGAUCUAUCGAUUGUGCCUGGCUGCUGCUAGGUUUCUUCUUAGGUUUUUGUCGCAGUGGAGGGAAUGUGCUGUGGGAGGUCUGAGGUCCGUGUUUAUUUUGGGUCCAACAGCUCUAUUCGUCAUUUUGUGGAGUUUCUUCCUUUGCUUGGCUUCAACAACAUCAGUACUUUAUGUGCUUCUGAGUCUGGCUGCUGCUUCUGUAGCCAUUCACUACUUGGGCUUUACACCUGGACUUUUUAUUGUUGGGCAUUAUGGAAUUUUGAUCAUGUGGAUCUAUGGAUACUUCUGGAUGACGGCAAUUGUAUUAAUAACUGCAGGUUACAUGUUCUCACUUAAUCGGGCAUGGUUCUUGACCUUGUUGGCAACUGCAUAUUCUGUUUAUUCUGUCUAUACCCGGGUUGGAUUACUAGGAGUUUUCCUGUCGUUAAACCUUUCUUUCAUCUCUAAUGAUAUUUUAAAUAAGUUGCAUCAAAGAUACAACUAUACUGAUGAAAGCAUACAAAUAGAAGAGCAAAAGGAUUCAGAACCAGUCGUGGAAGACUUCUCUAUUGACACUGAAUAUUCUACCCCAAUAACUGAACCUGAAGAUGUGGCAUGUUCUAAAUCAGCUUGCAGCACACCGGAGGUAUCUAGUAUUACAAAUAUUCACAAGGAUGCUUCCCCUAGCAAGGUUGUUGUAGUUGAAGCAUCUUCGUUGGUUGAGAUGAGGAGGAUAAUUAGCUGUUCAAACCAUUAUGAAGUUCUGGGUUUUCUUAGGAACAUAAAUAUUGAUCCUAAGAUACUAAAGAAGGAAUACCAUAAAAAGGUUUUGCUUGUGCACCCUGACAAAAAUUUAGGAGCUGGAAGUUCACUAGCAUGCGAGUCCUUCGACAAGCUCAAGUGCGCAUAUGAGGUUCUUUCAGAUUUAACUAAGAAGAAAAAUUAUGAUGAACAAUUGAGGAAGGAAGAAUCUGGCAGGGUGUGCCAGAGAUCUUCCACUGCAUCUCAGAAGGGAGGGGUUGAGUACCGUUCUGAAGAAUCCAGGCGUAUUGAGUGCACAAAGUGUGGAAAUUCUCAUAUAUGGAUAUGCACUAAUCGAAAUAAAGCUAGGGCAAGGUGGUGUCAGGAUUGCUUUCAGUGCCAUCAAGCUAAAGAUGGAGAUGGUUGGGUAGAAAGUCGGCGCUCAACAAAUAUAGUUUCACCUCUGAAGAUGGAAAUACCACGAGCCUUUGUGUGUGCAGAGAGCAAGAUAUUCGAUGUAUCUGAAUGGGCAAUUUGUCAGGGAAUGUCUUGCAAGCCUAAUACUCAUGGACCAACCUUUCAUGUGAAUAUGGUUGGUUUGGACAGGACAGGGCUACGAUCCAAUCCUUCUAGAUAUCCAUGGGGAUUAGAUGCUGAGAUGAUCACAAAGGACUAUGAGUUUGAACUGUGGAUUCAGCAGGCUUUUGCAUCUGGCAUCUUCUCUGAAAGUCCAAAGCGAAGGAAAAGCUGGCCAUUCAAGUUCAAUCAGAAAGGCAUAAAAUCAUGGCGAAAGUCGCCAUAAAUGGAUAUGAUUAGGUCUAUUGAGGUAGUUGUUGGAUUGAAGAGCUCGUGUUGUUGUGGUCUGGCAAUUGUCUGUCGAAGAGCUUAAUGGCCUUUAUAAUUUCACUUAUUCAUCAAAGUCAUGGUGUAGGCUUUCUUCAUGUUUAGUGAUCUUUGACCUCUUGGGAAUGAAACCUAAAUCGGGAGAGAGAUAGGACUUCGUAUCAUCAGCCAUUGGUUGCCUACAAACAAAAAGUGGUGAAGAGAAAAGGUGAGUGAAGAAGCAAAGACAAUUUUCCUCCAUGGUGCGGGGAAAAAAAAAAGAAGAAAAAUGCCAGAGUGGAUCAUUUGUGAAUAGUUAUAGCCAUGCUAUAGCCUAAGGCAGUAUCUUCUCAUAUAUUGUAUUGUAAAAAUGCCUCAAAAAGUAUAGCUAUUCCACGGCGAGGAUAACUUGUAAAGCAGUAUUGUCAAUUGAUACUUUAAGCUCCUUAGUGUUUGUCUUGUGUACGAAGUAUGGUAA